AUGGCGAAAUCGAAUUCAUUCCUGCUGUUGGGGAAGAAUCCUGGCCAUCUACAAGCAUGUAUCGAUGCCGCCAAGCCAGAAUUCGAGGUCGCCAGGACAGCUUCAAGUGUCGAGGAUGCAAAGGCUGCCAUAAACGAGCUGAGGUCGAAUCUUGCGUUUAUCACUAUGGGCGGUGGCUUUACUAAUGCUGACUUCGAAGAAGUUCGAGGCCAGUCUAGCGAUGUACCGUGGUUUCGACCUCUGCCGACGAAGCCUGGCUAUGAUGGUCCGCAACCUCAGGGUGCACCUCCUGCGGAAGUCGUCGCUGCAAAAUUCCGAAAGGGUAUAGAUGAACAUCUGGAUGACCUGAAGACGGGCAAGGGAGCCGGUGAAAUAUGGUACUUUUGA